GAGGGGCGGGAGCGCUCGGCGGGUGCUGCCGGUGUCGGCGGGCGCGGGGCGGCGCGGGGCGCUCGGCGGGGCCGCCGCCGCAUGGCGCGGGCCGGGGCCGGGGGCUGCCCCGGCGCGGCGCCUCCAGCACCGCAGCGAUCGGCCCCGUGGCGGCGGAGGCAGCGUGGCCGGGCGAUGGCGGAGCUGUAGCAGCCGCGGGGCCGGCGCGGGCGGCGGGCGAUGGCGGCGGCACGGCUGCGGGUGGCCCUGUGGGUGCUGUGGCAUUUUGGAGUGGGCGGUCGCGGGUUGGAGCUGGCGGGACUUGAGGGCCCGCGGGGGCGCGCGGCGAGGUGCCAGCCUGUGGACAUCCCGAUGUGCCGGGGGAUUGGGUACAACCUGACCCGCAUGCCCAACCUGCUGGGGCACGAGAGCCAGCGUGAGGCCGCCCUGAAGCUGCACGAGUUCGCCCCGCUGGUGGAGUACGGCUGCCACGUUCACCUGCGCUUCUUCCUCUGCUCCCUCUACGCACCCAUGUGCACCGAUCAGGUGAGCGCCAGCAUCCCUGCCUGCCGCCCCAUGUGUGAGCAGGCCCGCCACAAGUGCGUCCCCAUCAUGGAACAGUUCAAUUUCGGCUGGCCUGAGUCACUUGACUGCGGCAGGUUGCCCACCAAGAAUGACCCCAAUGCCCUCUGCAUGGAGGCCCCUGAAAACGCUUCAGCCGCUGAGCCACACAAGGGACAGGGGAUGCUGCCUGUGGCCCCCCGCCCUUGGCCACCUGGCACCGCUACUGAGGGACGGGGACCCAAUGGGCUGGGGGCUUGCGACAAUCCUGAGAAGUUCCAGUACGUGGAGAAGAGCCUCUCGUGUGCACCCAGGUGCUCCCCCGGGGUCGACGUGUACUGGUCCCGGGAAGACAAGGACUUUGCCUUCAUCUGGAUGGCUGUCUGGUCCACCCUCUGCUUCGUCUCCACUGCCUUCACCGUCCUUACUUUUCUGCUUGACCCCCACCGCUUCCAGUACCCUGAGAGGCCUAUCAUUUUCCUCUCCAUGUGCUACAAUGUCUACUCUGUGGCCUUCAUCAUCCGCUCUGUGGCCGGGGCUGAGAACAUUGCCUGUGACCAGGAGAACGGUGAGCUCUACAUCAUACAGGAGGGGCUGGAGAGCACAGGCUGCACCAUUGUCUUCCUUGUCCUCUACUAUUUUGGCAUGGCUAGCUCUCUCUGGUGGGUUGUCCUCACCCUCACCUGGUUCCUGGCUGCUGGGAAGAAGUGGGGACAUGAAGCCAUCGAGGCCCACAGCAGCUACUUCCACAUGGCUGCCUGGGGCAUCCCAGCCAUGAAGACCAUUGUCAUCCUCACCAUGCGGAAGGUGGCAGGGGAUGAGCUCACGGGGCUGUGCUAUGUGGGGAGCAUGGACGUCAGUGCCCUGACUGGCUUUGUCCUCAUCCCCCUCUCCUGCUACCUGGUCAUUGGCACCUCCUUCAUCCUCACUGGCUUCGUUGCCCUCUUCCACAUCCGGAAGAUCAUGAAGACGGGUGGCACCAACACAGAGAAGCUAGAGAAGCUGAUGGUGAAGAUUGGGGUCUUCUCCAUCCUCUACACUGUCCCGGCCACCUGUGUCAUUGUCUGCUACUUCUACGAGCGGCUGAAUGUGGAUUACUGGAUGCUGCAGGCGUUGGAGCAUGGCUGCCUACGCCUGCCUGGCCGCCGUGCCACCGACUGCUCCCUUGAGGCCUCGGUGCCCACUGUGGCUGUCUUCAUGCUAAAGAUUUUCAUGUCACUGGUGGUGGGCAUCACCAGCGGGGUGUGGGUAUGGAGCUCUAAAACACUGCAGACCUGGCAGAGCCUGUGCAACAGGCGGCUGGGCAUGAGGACGCGGAGCAAGCCCUGCAGUGGGGUCAGCUGUGGCGGGGGACACUGCCACUACAAAGCCCCAACAGUCAUGCUGCACAUGACCAAGACGGACCCGUACCUGGACAACCCAACUCACGUCUAGAGAUGCAGGCUGCCCCCCACACUGGAAGAAGUGGCCUCACGGGAAACCAUGGAGACUCUUCAUGUGAUGGGAUGUAGAUUCAACUCGAGCUUCGGCGGUCAUUUAUAGAAAAUAUGACUAAUUCCCUAUCUUCUAUUAGAAGAUUGCUCAUUAGAAGAGGGAAGACAGGAAAUAGGAGAACCAACUGUAUUUGGAAACAACGGCAAAGGACCACUCUGUGAUCCUUACCAGAAGAUUCCAGAUCUAAUCUUUCUUCUUGGGCACAAGCUCAGAUGAGCCAAGCAACAGCUAGAGAAAGACAUCAUUGUGGCUCUUCUUGGAAUACCAGUCUCCACAAUGCUUAUUUUUCUGGCAGAAAUACUUACUAAAUACCAUAUCUGAAAGUAUUUCAUAAUUCUAUGUAUGGUCCUACUAAGGCAAUAGCCUCACAAUUUACACUCAGCUAGGAAAUUCAUUAUUCUAAUAGAACAUAGGAUUGAUUGUUCAACAUGGAAGCAGGAUGUCUUUAAGCCAGUCAUCUUCAGUACAUCUGACCCUGUGGAGCACCUUCACUCUGCACCCUGAGAUCAAAACCUUUGGGCACCACUACUCUCUGCACCUCUCCCUGUGGAAUAGGACAGAGCAGCUUCAGAUAUCCUUCACCCACUAGAAUCUGUCACCACCUGGGAAUGGCAUAAACCACACUCCAAACCAUCUGCUCUACAGAUACCCAGCACAGGAGUAUUUGCCAGACACCUUGAGAUGGGUUGCCCAGGUCAUGAUAAAAGAACAUCAGAUAUUGCUGGUGAUACACCAUGGAAUCCAGCUAGACAAAUACUCAAGAUGACAAUGCCUGAGCUUUCCCUGCUUUCUCCCAUGGAGACAAAUUAAGGGGGGAACUCACUGUACUGUUUUGUCACAUUGUAAAAAGGAAAGGGCUCUGGAAACAGUCAUCAUGUAGGGUUUCUAUUCUCCCGUAUUUUGGGGGAAAACAACACAGGCUGCUGGGCAGCUGCAGAAAGCAGCUCCCACCCUUUUAAGAAAGCCAGAGUUAAGCCCUGGUACAACUUUGUUCCUGCUGAAAAGGACAUGGGACAGGGAAGGAAGAACAUCUGCAACAGGUACUUAAAUCUUCCCAGCUCAUCCUGAGAGUAAGAACUGGGAUUUCUGGGACAGGGAACUGAUCUACUUAAGCCUCAACUCAAGCCUGAACCUAAGCCUGAUCUCCAAAAUACAAACAUAACAGAGACAUCAUGUUAGUUUGAUUAGUGACCCCUUUCUGCUCUGUGCAGCUACAGCUCUGGCUUCCCAAACUAGCUCCAGGCAUGCCCUACCUGUAGGAACUACUUGCACAACCAACUGGAGCUCAACCACUUCCAGGCUGGAAGCACUGACAUAGUAAGACAGGGCUGGCAAUUUAAAUGUGGAAGGCAAAAGUGAGUCUUGCAGACAGGGAUGGUAAGACAGCUGGUGCCCUUCAUGUGGCCUGGCAUAGGUUAAUCACACACUCCAGAGGGAUAGGAAAGAUCCCUUUGGGAAAGUCAAGACCAGGUGGGGGGUCUUCAAAUUGAUAUACAAGGGGGAAAUCCUGACUGAUGUCAGGGCUUCCUGCAUUCACAAAGAACAGCAUAGAUUCUCUCCUGACAUUUCUGGCAGCACAAGCCAAGAGACUGGUCAGCAACCAGAACAGAAGGCACAAACGGCACAAGCAUCAAGUCAAACGGAGCUCUCAGUAUUCACUCAGGCUGAAUAUUCCUACCUGUUUUCAGGCUACAGGAUGCAAGGGACACAGAAAGGUCUAAAACUUGAACUUGGCCUACUGAAAAACAAAACUGAGAGGACAACAACUAGAGGAGCCCAGGACCAGUAUCUGCUUUGGAGGGUUGGUGGAAACAGGAGAACUCCAUUCGAAGAACAUAGGCAAGAGAAGGGAGUCUGUCAGCACCCACUCACAGUUAACUCAAAUUGUCUGCUGAGGGGACCCACCAUACCAUGCUGAAUUCCUAACAGAUGAAGAACAACAGCAGCUACUCUGCAGAGAUGCCACAGUUUCCAAAAUUCAACUCCUUUCUGAUCAGGAUGAGCAAGAAGUCUCCUGCAUGCUAAUAUCCUGCCAAGGCUGUGAUUCCCCAUGGCUCUUGCAGGAAAGAUCAGGAAGUACACAGCUCACAAGCACUAUGGUAUGGACAGAGACUUCUUCAGAGCCUAUGUGCCCAGAACAAGGAGAUUUUUAAAUAAGGAUCAACAUCUGUGCAAGGGGAGCACAAGGUGAAUGAGAGAGAGUGGUCCAUCUGUCUGAAGAAGACAGAAGUAACCAAGUGAUGCUGCACUUUUAGCAGCACUGAACUAAUACUUGAACACUGUACCCUCUUCUUUUUUGCGACAAAGUACUGACAGCAGCUACUUCCGUGAGAUAUUUAAGUAACUCUUGGUAGAAAUAUAAAUCUAUUUCUCCCUUUAUUAGUGCCCUGCCAGCUACCAUCCUCAAGGGGAAAAGGAACUGUGUGCAGAAUUGUGAAAAUACAACUAAUCAGAGCUAAUUUGGUGUAUAAUUUCACAGUCUCAUCACCCCAAAGGAUAAAAGAGUAAAGCUAAAGAUGCUCUAUA